AUGAAGACCCACAAGGCUUUUCAUCUUCGAAUCACCAAACGCCACAAUCUGCUGGCUCUCUUUGCACCGACUCAAGGUCAGUCCGCUGCACCCUUCUCUUCUCUUUCUCUCUCCAAACCUUCACAACCCAGCCUCACGUACCCUCCCGAUUCUCAAGCCUUACAGACGCCAUCCAUAACUCCUCAUUCCCUUCAACAGUCAAUCCAAUCUUCUCAGUGGCAUUUCGUCGAACACAUUUCACCAAACCUCACUCCUACCAUAAUCUCCACCGUCCUUUUCAACCUCCGUACAUCCCCUGACCUCAUUCUCAAAUUCGUUGACAAUAUCAGCCCCAAUUGUCUCGAUAACCAAUGCUAUUACCUUGCUAUUUCGAUAAUCGCUCGUCUUCCAUCACCAAAACAUGCUUUACAGCUCAUAAAGAAUGUAAUUGAUUCUAGAAAUCUGACUAGUAGAGAGAUUUUUGAUGGGUUAGUGAGUGCUCGUGAGAGUUUGAGUAUAUCAAGUUCAAUUGUGUUAGAUUUGUUAAUAAGGGGAUUCUGUGAAUUGAAGAGAGAUAAAGAGGCGUUUGCGUGUUUUUGUAUGAUGAAAGAGACGGGAAUUUUACCCAAGAUUGAGACUUGCAAUGAUAUCUUGAGUCUAUUUCUCAGAUUGAAUAGAACGGAGGCAGCUUGGGUUUUGUAUGCCGAGAUGUUUAGGUUGAGGAUUAAUUCAACGGUGUACACAUUUAAUAUAAUGAUUAAUGUGUUGUGUAAAGAAGGGAAAUUAACAAAGGCUAAGGAAUUUAUUGGGCACAUGGAGGGAUUGGGAUUUAAGCCGAAUGUUGUUACUUAUAAUACAAUAAUUCACGGGUAUUGUAUGAAGGGGAACCUUGAAGGGGCUAAUAGGGUUUUUGAGGCGAUGAAAUUGAAAAGGAUUGAUGCAGAUUCAUAUACAUAUGGUUCAAUCAUUUCUGGGAUGUGUAAGGAGGGAAGGGUUCAGGAGGCAUCAAUACUUUUUGGGAAAAUGGAGGAAUGUGGAUUGGUUCCGACAGCUGUGACUUAUAACACUUUGAUUGGUGGGUAUUGUGAUAAAGGGGAUUUGGCAAAGGCUUCUGGUUACAAGGAUGAGAUGGUCAGGAAGGGCAUAUUGCCGACCGUGUCCACGUAUAAUUUGUUGAUUCAUGCGCUGUUCAUGGAAGGUAGGGAAAGCGAAGCUGAUGAUAUGAUAAAACUGAUGGAAGAAAAGGGGAUAGUUCCAGAUGCCACUACAUAUAAUAUACUGAUCAAUGGGUAUUGCAGGUCUGGAAAAGCAAAGAAAGCCUUUAAUCUCCACGAUGAGAUGUUAAGUAAAGGAAUUCAGCCUACCAGAGUAACUUACACAUCUCUUGUCUACGUUUUGAGCAAGAGAAAUAGAAUGAAGGAGGCAGAUGACUUAUUUACGAAGAUAAUAGAUAAAGGCAUAUUGCCGGAUGUUGUAAUGCUUAAUGCACUGAUUGAUGGCCACUGUGCUAAUGGGAAUGUGGAGCGCGGUCAUUUCCUUUUGAAGGAGAUGGAUAGAAUGAAAGUACGUCCUGAUGAGGUUACCUACAAUACUUUAAUGCACGGUCGCUGUAGGGAGGGUAAGAUUGAAGAAGCUCGUGGGCUUCUUGAUGAGAUGAAGAGCAUUGGAAUUAAGCCUGACCACAUUAGUUAUAACACACUCAUUAGUGGGUAUAGUAGGAGAGGUGAUGUAAAGAAUGCCUUUGGAGUCAGAGAUGAAAUGCUAAGUUUAGAUUUAGCUAAGAGUCUCCAUUAUGGGAAAAUUUUGUUCAUGUGGGCUUCAGAAGUGCUUCUUGCUAGAUCAUACAAGCCAAUUCAUUCCAUUCAUUUCCUUGCCAGUCGGGAGUGCAGUACCACCCUCCUGACUAUUGGCCCUUAUACUAGGGCUAAUGGGAAAAUGGAGGGAAGAUCAUACAGAAGAAGUCGUGUUGAAGAACUGGUUGACAAAGGCAUCAGUCCUCAGCACAAGAUUUGUAUCUUUGUGAUUGAAGCGAUGGUGAAAGCUGAUAAUUUAGUGGGAAAUAAGGAGGAUUCAUAUAUUGUUUGCGCACUCAUAAUGGUUCUACCUUCCAGAGGGGUUGUAAUUUGA